UCACGUGACGAAAGCAGGGAGAAAGAAGGCGGCGCGCGGAUAAGCCUUCCGACGAAUAGAUGUUUUAACAAAUGCAAUAAAGACGAUAUCAAAUUAGUAAAAACAUGUUUGAUAAGAAAAACUCAUGCAGCAGAUCACCGAACCAGACAGUAUCCUCUACAGUGAUAAAAUUAUGAUUAGUUCGGUGUUUGUUUAGUUGAAACGUUGAUAGAAAUAAUUGUGUGAUCGAACAUUUCGUAGGAUAUGAUUUAGAAUUCUAGUUUCAAAAUGUUGGUAUUAUUUUUAUCUGCGUAUUUGCUUUGCUCUGGGGUUGUUUCUGAAGACGUUGAUGACUUCAUUGUGUGUGCUAACUUGGCUGGUUCUAUAGCCCAUAUAGCUGAAGACAACAGCCCCGAAAUAAUCCCCAGUGAGUCUUACCAAAAAUGCAAAAGUAAAACUAACUAUUGUUACACGGUUUGGUUGGAAGACGCUAACAAUGGCAGUAUCGAAGUAAUGGGACAAGGUUGUUGGGAAAUACCAGGGAAACCAAACGAAUGUGAACGUUCUGCUUGUAUAGCUGACAAAAAACCUCCAAAAGCUUUAAACAACACCAAAUUCUGUUGUUGUAACCAGAGCAAAUGCAACCUCAACUUUAGUGAUGCCUAUGUACCUGCUGAAGAGACCACACAAGAAGAUAUACCUACGAACGAACCCUUAGGUCCAUUAAUAUACAUAACUGUUGGGGUUGUUUUCUUCGUUUUCCUCAUCUUACUAGCAUCGAUUUCUUACUUGUGUUGGAGGAUGAAACCGAGAAAACAAGACAUUGAGAAUUGUCCACAACCGUUACCUCCACUCACCGAUUACAGUCUAGAUAAAUUGAAAAUGUUGAAUAUGAUUGGUCAAGGUCGAUACGGAACGGUAUGGUGUGGUGUGAUUGAAGACCAACAAGUAGCAGUAAAAGUAUUUUCCGCCCAUCAUAGAAAUUAUUUUCUCAACGAACAUGAAAUGUACAAAAUGUGCGGUGAAAAUUCUGGUAUACUGAAAUGUUUCGGAGGCGGCGAAUACUCUUUUACUUUAGGUACCAUCGAAUAUGUUUUACUGUUAUCCUUGGAACAGGAAAGUCUGCAGGAGUAUCUCAAAUCACAUACCUUAGAUUUGGUUACAUUAGGAAAAAUGAGUUUGAGUAUCGCUAGAGGCUUGGCGCAUCUACACAGCGAUCAGGGUAAAUUUUGUAUAGCCCAUCGAGAUAUUAACAGUAGAAACAUUUUGGUACGACCGGAUUUGUCUUGUUGCAUUUGCGAUUUGGGACUUGCGGUGAUCCCCAAAAGGGCUGAAAACAAAUCGAUCAGCGAAGCAGGUACUUUGAGGUAUAUGGCACCUGAGGUUCUAGAGGGAGCAGUAAACCUUAGAGAUUGUGAAAGUGCUCUUAAACAAAUAGACGUUUACGCCUUGGGUUUGGUGCUAUGGGAAUUAGGUACCAGAUGUACCGACAUGCAAAAUGCAGAACCUUAUCCGUAUUCUCCACCUUUUUCGAAGGAAGCCGGAGAAAAUCCUACGCUAGAACAGAUGCAAGCUUUGGUUAGCAGGAAAAAAGUUAGACCGCUAUGGCCAGUAUCUUGGAAAGAUACAGCAUCAGCCCGAUUACUUUGUGAAACAGCAGAAGAUUGUUGGGAUCAGGAUGCGGAAGCACGACUAACAGCAUUAUGUAUAGCAGAACGACUAUUUGAACUACCUACAUUGAAAGGUCGUAUUUUACACCCCCAUCAUCCACCGGCAAGUCCAACUCCACUUAUUAAUAAUAAUCAUCUCCACGAUAAUCAGUUUGACGCUUCUGUAAACACAAUAGAAACUCUUCUAUCACCUUCUGAAGAAAAUUGUAAAAAUUCGAAUCAAUUAGCCGUUUGCGUGACUCCUUUACAGCCCUACCAGGGCAGAAAUCCUUGUAUGGAAAGGAAUCUACUAUCGGGUUCCAGUGAUAGUUUACUGAUAGAUAAAUCUUCAAAACAUUGCGGUGGAUCCGAUUCUCAAAACUUGAUACCAAACGAUUUUCUUAAUUUUCAAAUAAACUACAGAGCUACCCCGAUACCAUACCUCCAAAAUGCGGUAUACGGAAUGCCCAAACAGCAAAACGAUUCUUAUAAAAUCCCAACAAAAUCCAGAUUUAAAUGGAACGGUAUUAAAAAUUUUUUGAACAGUAAGAAGAAUUCUGGAAACGCUGGACCUUGUAAGGAAACCCAGGUCAAACUAAAUAGUAAAGUGGUGAACGGUUUUGGUCAAAACGGAGUAACAACUUCCCUGUUGUCUAGAGAAAAUGAAACUGUUCGACCUUCCACUUUACUACUCAAACCAGUCGAUAAUUCGAAUACUUGCGGAGUCACCCAAUUAAUGAAAAGACAGAAUAAUCUUUCCAGACAAAGAUCCUUAGAUCACUUCAAUGAGGUGUUUUCUUCGACUAGUGAUCUAUCAAGACUGAAAGACCCAUCUCAAAGAAUAAAAACACCGGGCGAUGUUCCGCCUUCGGUGCGUCGUACAAGAGGAAAAGCCGCCACAGAAUCGGCCCGAUUUUCUUUAUACGACGACAGAAUGAUGGGUCAGACGCAAUGGGGCAGUGCCCCAGAUUUAGAUACUCGAAGACAACAAAUUAAUGUAGCGCAACUAAACGAAGCACAAGAUAAAGACAGCGUGAGUAGCUUUUAGCAAGGGACGUUUAUCAAUAUUUUAAUUAUAAUAAAUUAUAUAAGCAAACAGAUGGACAAUGUUGGUUGUGAGCUAAUUUUAAGCUGGAGUAUACUAAACAAAUACAUAAUUCGAUUAUUUGUAUGUUAUUUUAUAUUUAAAUAAGGUUUACUACAGAUGAUUGUAAAGUUCUAUGUAAUCAAAAUAAUUUAAGCUGUAAAUAAUUAAAAGCGCUUAUCAAACAUAAAAAUUCUUGCCAGUUAUAGUUUUACGAAACAUUUUAUUUCUCAAAAGAUACGGUUUACGAUAUUUCAAAAGUUUGAUAUAAAUUUCUGAAUUCUGUUGGUAGUACAAGUUUGAACUUUUUUUUUUAUUUCUGCAAUAGAAAAUAUAUCAAGUAUAUUUCAAUAUUAUUAUCUGUAUCGUCAGUUCUUCUACUCGAUAUUCUGAAAAAUUUACUUUUUUCUUUUUAGGUCAUUUUUCACCCCUAAUUUCUCGUUUUUUUUUCGCCUUAUCAGUAUACAAGGCAAUUGCUACCCUUAAAUUGAGCCUGAUAUUUGAUCAAAGUCAAUUUUUGACUCAUUUUGAUGAAUGUUAAUUGAGAUUCUAUCUACCAUGAGUCCUCGGAACCGGAUUUCAAUAUUAUUUCUUGUCUUACCACUUUUUUUAUUGAAAUCCUGGAAAUAAUUUUCUUUUUGUCUCAUUUGGUCAUAUUUCACCGCCCAAUUCAUCUAUUUUAUAUCUUAUUUUCAGUACACUGCAAAUGAAGGUAAUUGCUACCCUUAAAUUGAGCCUGAUAUUUAAUCAAAGUCAAUUUUUGGCUCAUUGGAUAGUAAAAUGCAGUUUUUCAACAAUUCACCAUGAGUCCUCUGAACCGUAUUUCAAUAUUCUUUCCUGUCCCACCACUUUUUCUUUUCUAAAUUUUGGAAAAAGCUGCUUUUUGUUUUGUUAUGUAAUUUUUAACCCUUAAUUUCUCUAUUUUAUAUCUCAUUUUCAGUACACCACAAUUUAAGGUAAUUGUGCUACCCUUAGAGCAAACCCAUUCAACAGUCAAACGCAGUUUUCCAAUAAUUACUCUUUCCACCUUUUUUGCUUCCGCAAUAAUCAAUUAUGUAAUAGUAGUUCAAUUGCAUCUUUUGAUUUCUCAAUAAUUACAUUUUUAUCCAUAUAAAUUGUUUCUAUUAUAAGGUUUGAAUUCCUAGUUAUAUUCAUAAUUAUCACAGUACCACCACAUAAAAAAUUAUUUUUUUGUCCUAGCAGCCCAUAUUUGCUUGUUGAUCAAUUCCUUUUUAUUCUACGCAUUCCUGUAUACUCCAAUCGAUUCAAAUGGUCUUUUAUCUCCAUUUAUUUUCUUAAUUCUUCGUCCCUUUUUACUUUUAAUGUUAUACAAGAGUCCGAACUAAAUCCGCAGUACUAACAAAAUUUAUUAAAGUAACAUUAAAAAUGAACGCUAAUUAUAAUUAAGAAAUUAUAUUAAUUAUAUAAAUGUAUAUGUAAGUCGUUUAAAAAUAUAUGACAAGCAAGAACUUUCCAAAUUUGAAAAUUUUUUAAAUUUUAGUGACCGAACUGAUUGAACGAACCCAAAAGAAUAAUCGAAGUGUAUUUAUGUCAGUGUUUUUAUUUUAAUGAGGUGUAUUUGUUUAUAUCUCUCAUUAUAUUUAUGUUAAUGUAUUUUAUAUCAAAUUUUAUUAAUUGAUUUUAAAUCACGAAAAUUAUUAUUAUUCAAAAUUUAAUUUAUGACCAUUAUAGACUGGUUUAAAAAAAAGAUCUUCAUACUUAAAAUUAAGUUUUUCAUUUGGCUGUGUAACGUUUGCAAUUUUUCAUUCCCUGUUUAUGAAAUUGAUAUGUAAAUAAAUUAAAUUCAUACAUUACGGAAAAUC